UAAAAUGGUUAAUUUAACAACACUUUUAAAAGUUUGCAUUGCGAUUGUAUGUUUUAAUCAAAGUUUCGGAAGAAAAGACUUACCAACAUUCGACACACUAGAAAAAGCGAAAGCUAGUAUUCUCACUCUAAUAGAGUCUGUUAAAAAUAAUAAAGAUUUACCAAUGAUUGCCGGAACCGUUCGUCUUCUGUUUCAUGAUUGUAUGGGACAAGGAAAAUGUGAUGGUUGCAUUAAUCAUUCGAGACCAUUAAAUGCAGGUUUAAAAAAGGUUACAGAUCGACUUGAUCCUUUGUACGAUACAUCAUUUAAAGGGAAAAUGUCAAGAGCAGAUUUUUAUGCUUUAGCGGCAUCCGUUGCUCUCACUAGAUCUACUGUUGAGGCUCCGGCUAAAUACAAUGGGUUAAACCAUUUUAAAGUUGGUAGAAAAGAUUGCGCUACUUCGCCAAUAGAAGAUGAUUCUGGACCAUAUAGAUUUAUAAAAGGAACAGACAGUACAAAAGACACAUUUAAAUUUUUUAAAGAGGAGUUUGGAUUUAGUAUAAGAGAAGCUGUAACUCUUUUAGGAGCACAUACCUUAGGUGGUUGUCAUUUAGAAAAUGUGGGUUUUGUUGGAUCUUGGGUUGAUAAACGGUUUUCGACAGUACCAAAUGGUUCUUUAGCUCCAACAAGCGUGCUUGACAACGCGUAUUACAGAAUGUUUAUUGAUAUAGUACCUUGGUUGCAAGUAACCAUUAAUGAUAAAAAUAAACAAUGGCAGGAAAUAACUCAUACUACACCAAACGAUAAGCUUCCUAAACCAAACAGAGUACCAAUACUUCUAAACGUUGACAUGGCUAAUUCAUGGGUUAUUAAACCGACGGACAAUAACGGCUCUGUUUCUUGCACACCAACUUCUUCAAAAACACGUUGCCGACAUUCGACAGCUCAUAAAUAUGCUAAACAGUAUGCACGUGAUAACGCUCUUUGGGUGAAAGAGUUUACCAAAAUGUUUUCCCGCAUGAUUAAUAUGAAUGAAAAUAAACUUUAUAAUGCUCCAAAACUUAUGGAUUUGUUGCUAUCCAAUGCCAUUAAAGCCAAGCAUUUUCCUAAUAUUACGACUUACAAAGCUAAGCUUUGUAAUAAUCUCAAAGAAUUAAAUUCAAACUUUCCUGUUGACCGUGUUGAAUCAUUAGCUCAAUCUCAUGUAAAGUUUGGCAUAGGUAAUGAAACUAAAAUUAUAGAUGUAAAUACUGAUAUUACUCCAAAUCCAAUCUUACUUAAUUGUAUUCCUUGUUCAUCAAAUCAGUCUUCAAGCCUUCCUUUUUACGAUGUUUCUACUUACAAUGAGCGCGGUAGACAUCUAUCUGCUGGCAAAGAUGAUUUAAUGUUAUUAGAUCUAAUUAAAAAACCCCUUGAAUAUUCCUGGUUAGCUUACUCACAGAUUGAAGAUGGAGCAUACUGCAUUCCAUGUAAACUGUUGGCAAGCAGAAUUCCAAACAAUACUUCAAUAGUCAAUUUUUUUCGAAAACCUUUUAAAGUAUGGGGUAAUGCAAUUCGUGCUUAUAUGGAUCACAAUAAUAAUUACUUUCUACGGUUUAUUGAAUGUAAAUCUGGUACAACUGGUCUUAGUCUUGCGCAAAACAUUAUUUCUGCAAUUGAUGAUCUUGGUCUUGAUAUCCAAAAAAAUUAG